AUGUCGACAACCGCUGCUGCCAUGCCUCCCUUGACGGAGAAGAAGCUUGAGAAGAAGCCCAUCAAGUUCUCCAACUUCUUGCUGGGCGCUGGCCUCAACUUGUUUGAGGUCACGACCCUCGGCCAACCUCUCGAGGUCGUCAAGACCACCAUGGCUGCAAACCGUGGCGAUUCCUUCGCCGCGGCCCUGGGCCGCAUCUGGAAUCGUGGUGGUUUCUUCGGGUACUACCAGGGUCUCAUCCCCUGGGCCUGGAUCGAAGCGUCCACCAAGGGUGCCGUCCUCCUGUUCGUCGCCUCCGAGGCCGAGUACUACGCCCGCGUUGCUGGCGCCAACGAGUUCGGCGGUGGUAUCAUCGGAGGUGUCACCGGUGGUGUGGCUCAGGCCUACGCCACCAUGGGCUUCUGCACCUGCAUGAAGACGGUCGAGAUCACCCAGCACAAGCUCGCCGCCAGCGGCGUCAAGCCCCAGAGCACCUUUGCCACCUUUAUGGACAUCUACCGCAAGGAGGGCAUCCGGGGCAUCAACAAGGGUGUCAAUGCCGUCGCCAUCCGCCAGAUGACCAACUGGGGCUCCCGCUUCGGUCUGUCCCGUCUCGCCGAGCAGGGCAUCCGCAAGGUGACCAACAAGGAGCACGGCGAGAAGCUGGGCGCGGCCGAGAAGAUCCUCGCCUCCGCCCUCGGUGGUGGUCUCUCGGCCUGGAACCAGCCCAUCGAGGUCAUCCGUGUCGAGAUGCAGAGCAAGACCGAGGACCCCAACCGCCCCAAGAAGAUGACUGUCGGCAGCACCGCCAGGUACAUCUACCAGCAGAACGGACUGAAGGGCCUGUACCGUGGUGUCGCUCCCCGUAUUGGGUUGAGCGUGUGGCAGACGGUCUGUAUGGUGGCCAUGGGCGAUAUGGCCAAGACCUACGUGGAGAAGUUGACCGGUGACAAGGUCACUGCUAAGCAUUAA